CCAAGUUGACAGUAGCAAGUUCUGGAAGUCAAGUAGAGAAGAGCCCAGGUUUUAGACUUCUGGAAUUACAGCGACGGGCGGCUGGAAUUAGGGCUUUACGGUGAUACCCUUUCUUCGCCGUCGAGCUUAGAAGGACUUUAAUAUGAAGGAUUUGUUGAGUAGGUCGUGCUAAUAAGUUGAGUGAAAAUCCUCUAUCUCUAUCGGUGAUUAAGCUGCUGAACUUGCUCCAUUUCAUACCAAAAACAUCCUAAAAAGUAGUUUAAGUAGUUGUCUGCAAUGAAUUUGCUCUUCUCAUCCCAGUUUCUUCUCUUUCAAUUGCCCAGUUGCCAGUUUCUGUUACCUUGUCCUAAAAAGCAACCCCAGUGCAUUUUAACCAACCGUGUCUGUCAUCGAAACACCUACAUCUCUCCUCUUUCUCCAUCAUUUCCGGUUCUUUCACAUCAUUCUUUGCGCGCUCGCUUAGCACCUGUUGGUGCGACAGUUCCAACAAAUGAAGGAGUAGUUUCUGAAGGGGUAGUGUCUGUAAUCAACUUUGAAGAUGUUGCUGAGAAAGAUUGGUCAUUUCUUGAUUCAGAUGAUUUCAGUUCUGAACAAGAUAAAUUAAAGGUUGAACGCAUUAUAUCUGCAGGAGAGAUUAAAGAAACUUCUAGGGUUAUGGUAUCAGUUGGUUCUGAAGCGUUUGUGGAUCAAUUGGUUGAAUCAUCACCAUGCAGUAUGCUGGCUGUUAUUCAUGAUUCACUUUUUGUGUUGGCCGGCAUUAAAGAAAAAUAUGACAAGGUUAAGUGUUGGCAAGGAGAGUUGAUAUAUGCACCUGAUAUGUGGGCUCCUUUAGAUGUUAUCUUUCUCUAUUUCCUUCCGGCAGUUCCCUUUAACCUCACACAGGUGUUUGGAGCAGUUGCAAAAUGUUUUUCUCCAGGUGCAAAACUUGUUAUCAGCCAUCCCCAAGGAAGAGAAGUUUUGGAGAAACAACGGCAACAAUAUCCAGAUGUUAUAACUUCUGACUUGCCUGAGAAGAGUACUUUAGAGGAAGUUGCAGCAGAACAUUUCUUCAAAUUAACCGACUAUUUGGAUGAGCAGGGCCUUUAUCUCGCUGUAUUGAAGUUUGUAGGGGCAAAUUGAUGGGGUUAUGUUUACAUCACAAUUUCAUGUGCUAGAAACAGUGGAUUCAACUCAAAAACUGGACUCAACUAUAUUUCGGGCCAGUUUGCCCUGAGGUGAUUGGAAAAAUCUGUGUUUGCAAAUUUAAUCAACAGCAGCUUCUAAAAGCUUCAUUAUGUAGCUUUCAUAAUUUGCCUAAAGUUGCAUCGGAGUUCGUGAACUUAGAAAAUAAGCUGAUUCACCAAACACCUUAGUCAGAUUAUUUGAGAAUUUAAGCCCAUAAUCUGGGCCAAACACAGUCGAAG